UAAACACAGCUAAUAGUGAAAUGUCAUUUGAAAUGAAUUUGCAAUUACUGUUCAGUGGCAAAGUGACAAGCAAAAUUAUUAAAAAUGGUUUUGGAAAGUACUAUGAUAUGUUUUGAUAACAGUGAUUACCAGCGUAAUGGUGAUUACUUUCCAACUCGUCUAAAUGUUCAGAAGGAUGGUAUUAAUUUGGUGUGCUUAACCAAAGUGCGCUCCAAUCCCGAAAACAAUGUCGGCCUAAUGACUAUUUCCAACACGGUAGAAGUCUUGGCCACUUUAACCAGCGAUGUGGGACGCAUUUUCUCUAAAAUGCAUUUGGUGCAACCCAAGGGUGAGAUUAAUCUCUUAACCGGUGUACGCAUUGCCCAUUUGGUUUUAAAACAUCGCCAGGGUAAAAAUCAUAAAAUGCGUAUUGUGGUUUUCGUUGGCUCGCCCAUCAAAAACGAGGAGGGUGAAUUGGUUAAGCUGGCCAAACGUUUGAAGAAGGAAAAAGUUAAUGUUGAUAUCGUUAGCUUUGGUGAUCAUGAGUGUAACAAUGAAAUUUUGCAAGCAUUUAUUAAUACCCUAAAUGGCAAGGAUGGCACCGGCUCUCAUUUGGUAUGUGUACCCCGUGGAUCUGGUUUAUCGGAUGCUCUCUUGUCCUCACCUAUUAUACAGGGUGAAGAUGGUAUGGGUGGUGCCGGUUUGGGUGGAGCUGGUUUUGAAUUUGGUGUUGAUCCCAAUGAAGAUCCAGAGUUGGCUUUAGCAUUGCGUGUUUCCAUGGAAGAACAAAGACAACGUCAAGAAGAAGAGCAGCGUAGAGCGGCUGGCGGUGCUGCAGAGUCUGAUGCAGGCAGUACAGAAAAGACGACCACUGGAGGCUCUACUGCUGUAACGGCAGCAGUUGAUGAACCAAACUCCGAGGAGGCCAUGUUGCAAAGAGCUUUGGCUAUGUCUACAGAACAGAGCGAUGACAAUUUGCCCGAUUUUGCCAAUAUGACUGAAGAAGAACAAAUCGCAUUCGCCAUGCAAAUGUCUAUGCAAGAUGCCGAUGAAACUGUAACACAACAAGCUAAACGUCCUAAAACCGAAGAAAAUGCCCCAAUGGAUGUUGAUGAAGACUAUUCCGAAGUUAUUGGCGAUCCAGCCUUCCUACAGAGUGUAUUAGAAAAUCUACCCGGUGUAGAUCCACAGUCUGAAGCCGUACGUGAUGCUGUUGGUUCUCUUAGCAAGGAUAAAGACAAAAAGGGUGAUAGCGAGAAAUCGGAUAAACAAUAAAUACAAAACUUUGGAGCGCAAAAGUUUAUUCCUCAAUACCCAUUAAUUUGAAUUCAUUAAUAUAUGCUUAAAUUUAUUUUUACUUUAAUUUUUUGUAUAAUUCAUAUAUUUGUGUCUAUAAUGUGACCGGGACUCAAUUGAACUUGUAAAUUCAGGAAUUUCUGUGGUCACUUUCACACGUACGCUACAGCUAUUAAUAAAAAUAUAAUACAUAUUCGUAAAAA